AUGAAUUUUCUGGUUUGGAACGUGCGUGGUAUCACAGACGAAUCUAAACUUAUCUUAAAGGAGCACUGUCGCUCCUUUUCUCCUUUGAUUGUCGGUAUCAUCGAACCUAAAGCAGCGUUUUCCAACACUGCUAGCAGUUUCUGGAAGUCUCUUAACCUUAUUAAUUGUUUUCAGAAUUCUAGAUUGAAUAUGUGUUCUAACAUUUGGAUUGUUAAUCAUCCUGACGUGAGUACUGAUGUGGUUUUCUCCUCGGAUCAGGUUGUGAUUGUGGACUGCGUGUGGAGGACGCGCCAGUUUUGUACGGCUAUUGUUCAUGGGUCUUCGUCUCAUUUGGAGAGGCGUCAACUCUGGAUGGAUAUCAUUAAUCAUCUCGUGAGGGAUUUUGUUGUCAUUGGUGAUUUCAAUGCGGUGAAAGGUGCUCAUGAGAGGAGUAGUAACUGUUUGCCUAAUGCAACGGCUUGUGCUGAUUUUUGUGAUUUUAUUGAUGCUCUGGGUUGCAUUGAAUCUCCUACUGUGGGGCUGAAAUAUACUUGGUCUGGUCGGAGAUUUAUGCCGUCUCAUGUGGAAUCUAUGCUGGAUCGUACUUUUUUUUCUGAAACCUUCGCUUCGCCUUGGCAUUCAGUUUUCACUCACGUGCUUCCUAGGAUCACUUCGGAUCACUCGCCGAUUGUGUUGUCUUGUCAGAUGGAGCAGAAAGCCAGGAAGUUUUUUAGAUUCCUUGAUAUGUGGAGUUUGCAUCCUGAUUUUUUGGAGACUGUGAGGCAUUCCUGGGAUAAGGAGGCUAUUUUUACUUGCCCUAUUUACACGGUCAUGGCUAAGCUGAAGAGACUUAAGAAAGAUCUUCGUCUGUGGAACAAGUCGACCUUUGGUCAUGUUGAUUCUUUGCUUAUGGAGAAACAACAAGAGCUCUUGGAUAUUCAGAACAUGAUUGCUGAGGAUGGCUAUACGGAGGAGCUGUUCGAUAAAGAGGUUUCUGCGCAAGCCAAUAUUAACAUGGCGCUUUCUAGAAAGAAUGCUCUUCUUAAGCAGAAAAGUAGAGUGGAGUGCCUUCAGGAUGGUGACAGAAACACGACGUUCUUUCAUAACAUGAUCAAGUUUAGAAGAAAGCCGCACAUUAUUUCGCAUUUGAUGAUUAGCGGGGAGGCGUGUGUUGAUCAGGGCAUUAUUGGCGAUCACAUUGUGGAUUUUUUCUCGACCUUAUUUACUGAGACUAACCAGGCUCCGGCCAAUAUCGUGGAGGUAGAAGCGGUUCUGGAUCAUAGGAUCUCGGAUAAUCUGAAUGAGAUGUUGUCUCGUUGGCCGAAUGAGGAGGAGAUUACUACGGCGGUUUUCCAAAUGGAUCCCCACAGUUCGCCUGGCCCGGAUGGAUUCUCUGGUCGUUUCUUUCACACUUGCUGGGAUGUUAUCAAGAUCGAUAUUUGGAAAGCUGUGAUUUCCUUUUUCAUGCGUUCGUAUCUUCCUCAAGGGUGUAACGCAAAUACUCUCAUUCUUAUUCCCAAGAAAUAG